CUCAGAUGCCGCAUCCUUCGUGUUCUUAAUCAUGUCCUCCCUCACCCCCCACGUCGACCUGCUCGCCCGCCAUUUCCACGAACAGGUCGACCCCCACCGCCUCCCUCUCCCCCACGGCCGCGCCAUCGUCCACCCCGCCGUGCAGAGCACCAUCUACGAACAAAUGUUCAACGAGGCCUCCCUCUGGCCCAUCCCCCCGGUGAACUAUCGGGCACGCGUCCUGAAGACGAUUCUAUCUCGGAUUGAAGAAGCGAUCAGCGAUCCAGAGGAGGAUGUAUGAAAUCCAUCCCUUGCCAUUUCGUAUGCAGAAAAAGAAAAAGAUCUAUAUUCUCAUCGACAACCCUCUCCCUCUUUCUUUCUCCCCAGGAAAUCCACCCCGACCUCAUCGAUGCCUGGUCCACCCUAAUCUCCCAACCCAAACCGUCCUCCACCAUCCAACAAGCCCAACAACUAACCUACAUCAAAUACACCGCGCCGACACCCCCGCCGGCUACCCCACACCCCUCACCCCCCAGAACCGUGAUCACCUCCGAGUCGCGCGGCCUGAUCCUCGCCGCCGGCACGACGGGCUUCCGCACCUGGGAAGCCGCCCUCCACCUGGCGACGUACCUGUCCACGCCGGCGGGCGAGGCCCUCGUCGCGGGGAAGAGAGUCAUCGAGCUGGGCGCAGGUACCGGCCUCGUGUCGAUGUUCUGCGCCGCGUACCUGCGUCCGCGCAGCGUGCUGGCCACGGAUCGGGAGCCCGCGCUGAUCGAGAAUAUUCGGGACUGUGCGCGGAGGAGUCUUCUUCCCGAGGGGCAGGGGCAGGGGCAGUUCGGGGCGGCGGUGUGGGAAUGGGGCACGCCGUUGGGUGGUGGGAGCGAUGAUGGUGGUGAUGGUGAUGAGAACCGUGACCCUGACGGUCCGGCUACACAACCCCGCGGAGAUACGAAUGAGACACCCGUUGAAUUCGACGUUGCACUUGGUGCGGAUUUGAUCUACGACACCGAUCUUAUCCCCCUCCUCAUCUCCACGCUGCACGAUCUCUUCAAGAACUACGGUAUCAAGGAGUUCGUCAUCGCGGCGACUUUGCGGAAUCAGGAGACGUUUCGGACGUUUUUGGACGCGUGUGAAGAAAAUCGGCUCCGGACGGAUCAAGUCCCGUUUGAAUCGCCCCCGCCGGAGGAGCAAACGGGCUUUUUCCAUUCGACGGAGGUUCCCAUCCGCAUGUAUCGCAUUACGCAAAAAGAGGAUCAAUAAACAGGAGCAACCAGGCUGGUGGCCCAGGGAUUUGCAAG